AUGACUUAUUGUGGAAACCAGGAAUCAAAUAUACUUGAUGUUACUGGGAACCAAGAAUCCCAGGUUUUUGAAUCCACAUCUCUCCCUUGCAAUGAAGAACCUAAUCCCAUCCCCGAACUUUUGGUGUCAUCGGAACAACCAGAUUUUACACAACAUUUUCUAAAACGGGAGGGAUUUGGUACUAGAGAAGAAUUACAGGCGUGGUGCGUGUCUAUUGGUAAAGCACACAAUUUUCAGAUUAUCUGUAAGUCAUCACAAAUGAAAGACACUUUAGGUAAUGGUCAAGGAUCUCGGGUACAAUUGUGUUGUGAAAGAAGUGGCAAGUACACUAGUCACAGAGCGAAAAGCUAUGUGCCAAAGACCACUACGACAAAAAAGAGAAAAUGCGGCAGUGUCAAAUGUAAUUGUCCAUUUCGUCUAAAUGGAAGUUGUGACAAGUAUGGGAAAUGGAAACUUAGAGUUGGAUGUGGUUACCACAAUCACCCACUGUCAACCACAUUAGUUGGACAUGGUUAUGCUGGAAGAUUGGAGGAAAAAGAAAAGUUAGAAGUUGAAAAAUUGACAAACAGUGGUUCUCGACCUUGGGAAAUUCUUACCAAUAUCAAAAUCGAUAACCCGAAAAAUUGUUCUACCAUGAGAACCAUUUAUAAUGCAAGGCGCAAAUUUAAAAUUUGUGCAAUGCAAGGCAGAUCAAUGAUGCAGCAUUUCUACAAGUUAGCACUAGAGCACCAUUACACGGUUGAAUAUAAGUAUGAUCCCAUGACAAAGAAGGUAACAGAUCUCUUUUUUGCUCAUCCGGUUUCAGUGAAGUUGGCACAGUGUUUUCAUGAAUUUCUCCUAUUGGAUUGCACAUAUAAAACUAACAAGUAUAGAUUACCGUUAUUCCACGUUGUGUCUCAUACCUCAACGGGAGCAACAUUCACAGUUGCGGUGGCCUUUAUGAGUCGAGAAAAAGAAGCAAACUACAUAUGUGCUUUAGAGUGUGUUAAGCGACUUUAUAGAGAAAAUGAGAUUCCAUCUGUUUUCGUCACUAAUUGUGAAGUUGGUUUAAUUAAAGCAAUUGAUUAUGUUUUCCCCAUUCAUCUCAUCUUCUUUGCGCAUGGCAUAUAG